CCCCCAGCUCCAGCCUCUCUGACUCUGGAUCCGAGCACAGCGCAUCCACGGCUCAUCCUGUCUGAGGACCGGACCAGUGUGAGAUUUGGAGAUACACAACAGUCCCUCCCUGACUCCCCAGAGAGAUUUAAUUCCUGGGCCUGUGUCCUGGGAUCAGAGGGAUUCACAUCAGGGAGACAUUACUGGGAGGUGGAGGUGGGGGAGAAGACCUGGUGGAUUCUGGGAGUGGCCGGAGAAUCUGUGAAGAGGAAAGGGGGGAUCACCCCGAGCCCGGAGACCGGAUUCUGGAUUGUGAAGCUGGUACCCGGAUGCCGUUAUUUUGCCACCACCUCCCCCUCACGGACCCCCCUCUCCCCGAGUGUGAAUCCCCGGAAGAUCGGGGUUUUCCUGGACUAUGAGGGUGGACAGGUGUCAUUUUACAAUGCGGACACCAUGUCCAAUCUCCACACUUUCACCCACACUUUCACUGAGAGGCUCUUUCCCAUCUUCAAUCCAGGAGAGAAUAUCGACAGGAAAAACUCCGCACCGCUGACAAUCUGCGGGAUUAAAGGGCACUGACAGAUCCAUCCCAUAAUUUCACCCCGUCCCCCUCCCCUUGCCUCCUGCCAGCUGUAAACUGAUGGGGGUCAGUCUCAGUCUGGGGGAAAGAAGGAGGGGGAGAGAAGAAACAAAUAGAAGCUCAAUUGUAG